CUUUCCUCUCUCUAACCACUUCCUUCCGUCAGCCAACCCAGGGAGAUUUGUUCUAUAAAGAAGGGGGCUUCCCUACAUCCCUCAUUUGCUCCCGCACUUCCCACCUGAAACCAUGGCCGUCGAGUUGAUGGCAUACAGGAACAGUUUGCCCGCCGCCACCGAGAUGGAAGAGAAGGCGGUGAAGGAGGCCGCCACGGCCGGACUGGAGAGCAUGGAGCAGCUGAUUCGCCUCAUCUCUCAGCAGCAGCAGCAGCAAUCGACGGCGGCUGCGAUGGAGUUGGACUGUGGUGCCGUCGCCGAUCUUGCCGUCGCCAAGUUCAAGAAGGUGAUUUCGUUGUUGAGCCGGACGGGUCACGCCAGGUUCAGGAGGGCGCCGCCCUCCUCCGCCUCCUCCUCCUCUUACACCCCCUCGCCUCCUUCCUCGUGCCGGACCUCCCCAGAUUCUCCCGUAGAUGUCCGCGCCGCCGCUCCUCCUCCCCCUCCCCCUCCGCCGCCUUGUGCACCCAGGGUAUACUGUCCUACCCCCAUCCAACGGCUGCCGCCUUCCCUCGUUCCACCGCCGCCGCCGCCACCACCAACAGCACCAGCACAUAGCAACCACCACCACCACCACCGCCUCCUUCAUCAUUCGCAGUCUCUGUCUAUGACCAGCUCCUUCACGAGCUCUUUCAGCGGAGAGCCCACCGUCUCCAAAGAGAAGCACCAGAGUACUUCCCCUGUAUCCUCCGGCAGGCCUCCCCUUUCGUCUUCCUCCUCUAAGAAGAAGUGCCACGGCCACGCCAAAUCUGAGGAUAUUGGUGCCAAGUGUGGUCCUGCUGCUAGGUGCCAUUGCUCAAAGAGAAGAAAAUCAAAGGUGAAAAGGACAGUGAGAGUCCCUGCUAUUAGCCUCAAGAUGUCAGACAUCCCUGCAGAUGAGUAUUCAUGGAGGAAGUAUGGUCAGAAGCCCAUCAAAGGAUCUCCACACCCUAGGGGUUACUACAAGUGCAGCAGCGUGAGAGGAUGCCCUGCCAGAAAACACGUAGAGAGGGCGUUGGACGAUCCCUCCAUGUUGGUCGUCACUUACGAGGGAGAGCACAACCACUCGCAGUCGACUCUCUCUGAGCCUACUGCCUUGCUUGUAAAUUGAUCUCAUAUAUAAAUAAUUCUACGGAUCUUGCAACUUCAUCUCUUUCCUCCAUCCCCGUCUUUUCAAAAUUCCACUCACGUCGAACAACCAACCACAAAAUCCAAAGAACAAAAGAAAGCAGCGGCAAAAGAUGAACGCCGCGUCCUCCCAACAUCGGUAGUCUUUGAAGAUAAGGGAACCCUCUCGAUCGACCGAUCGAUUGAUUGAGGGAGGUUCUUGUUUUGUUCUUUGUUGGAAGCGACUUUUGGAUCGGUGAAGAGAUUUUAUGGUGUGUCGGUUGGAAGGGAUGGAGCAGAAUCGGUGGUGGUGGGCGUUGAAUUUGUUGGUGGUCAUUAAUUGUGCGUGACUUUGGUCUUAGAGUAACGACGAUGGAGUGAGGUGGAGAUGGCGUGGAUGAGGAUGAUUGAUGCGGCGAGUGGCCCGCCCUUCUAUAUUUCUUCUCAUCUUUAAUAGCCAUCACCUGAUCACAUUACUGGUGAGGUGAUACAAGAGUUGAAAAGAAGAAAAGAAGAUGACGGAAGGGGACGGGCCGCAGAGGUCAAAUGGGGGAGGGGGGGGGCAGGUGGGCCGCGCCUUCUGCGUGUCCUGUAAACGUGGUGGGGUUGCCACCGCCCUCUCUGAUCGGGCGGUGGGGAUGUUGACGCCCUCCCGUCUAGUAAGAAACCAGGUUCCGCUGCCAUUGAUGAAAUCCAGCUUCUAUCUUCUUUUCUCUUCUACCCCGAUGAUUCUCCCAGUUGUACUUGUCCAAAAAAAGAAGAGGUGUUUUAUUUGGAUUCGUCAGCCUUUCUUUUUCUUUUAUAGAUCAAUGUUCAUAUUUCAAUUAAUAUUGAAAACUUGGUGGUUGAAUCUUGUAA